CUUGACCUUAAUGGCGGGAAAUUGCAGAAUCUAAACAAUUUACAAUGUCUCAACGAUCAAUCACAUCGUUUUUUACCUCACCAAAAGCGAAAAAGACAACCAAAGACAAUGAAACAACUAAGUCACCAUUGAAGCAGAAAAACACAAAGUCUCCAGAUGUGAAAGCAAAGAGCUCUCCUGUGAAGAAGGAAACAUCUCCUGUAAAGAAGGUAGAGGAAAGCCAUGUCAUUAAGAAAAAGGGGCGAUUGAUCAUUGAAAGUGACAGUGAAGAUGAAAAUGAAAAAGAACCUGAAACAGUUUCUAAGGAAACAAAAGAACCAGCUAACACAAAAACAGAUGAACAGCAAAUGGAAAAAAAUAAAGAAGACAUUGAAAAAGAAGUGACAAACUCUGAUGUUGAAGCUAAAGCUGGAUCAAGCAGUCCCCAGAGUGCAGUUAAAUCUCCUAUACCUCCUACUAGGACCACAGCUCGGAAGCAUAUGCGUAAACGGAAAGCAGAUGAGAGCUCUCCAAAUAAGGAGUCAAAAUCAUCUCCAAACAAAAAACCAAAAUGUGAACCCAAAACCCCAGAGUCCGUUAAAGACACAACUGAUGAAGAAAAGGAUAAACAAGGAGAGGAGGUUGAUGUUAAGGCAGAUAAGGUUAAAGAAGAGAAAAUGGAAAUUGAUUCUGAGGAAGUUGUUGAGUCAGAGCCUUCAAAAAUAACUGAACAAGAACAGCCUGUAAAAGAGACAAAGAAACCCUCACCAAAGACCAAAAAAUCAUCGCCAAAAGCAACAAAAACACCAAAAUCAACAAAGAAAACAACAAAGAAAAAUGCUGUUAAAACACCAGAGACGAAGAAGGAGGUUAAGAAAGAAAUAAAGGAGGAAAUCAAGAAUGAGGAGGGAAGUGAAAAUAAAAAAGAUACAAAGGAAGAACAGAAUAAAGAUAAUGAAGGAGAUAAGAAAACAAAAGAAGUAAACGAGGACAAGAAAGAAACUCCUGCUAAAAAGUCAUUUGGUAUGUUUGGAAGUAAGGCUACAGAAACUGGUAAUGAUUUUAAUCCUGCCAAGUCUAGGUACCACCCUAUAGAAGAUGGAUGUUGGAAGAAGGGAGAAAAAGUUCCAUAUCUAGCACUAUCCAAGACACUAGAACAGAUAGAGGCAACUUCUGGCAGGUUGAAAAUGACAGAGAUCCUAACAAAUCUGUUCAGGUCAGUGAUCAUCCUGACCCCCCUUGAGCUGACCCAGUGUGUAUACCUCUGUCUCAAUAAACUAGCUCCAGCCUAUGAGGGGGUAGAACUUGGGAUAGGAGAGACAGUCCUUAUGAAAGCUAUUUCUCAAACUACAGGGCGCCCCAUGGACAAGAUCAAGGCUGAUGCACAGGAAAAGGGUGAUCUUGGAAUAGUAGCUGAGUCAAGUCGCAGUACCCAGAGGACCAUGUUUGCUCCUCCAAAACUGACCAUCACAACUGUCUUUACCAAACUUAAGGAAAUAGCUACCAUGUCUGGCAAUUCAGUGAUGUCUAAGAAGAUUGACAAAAUCAAAGGCAUGUUUGUUGCUUGUCGUCAUUCUGAGGCUCGUUACUUGAUUCGCUCACUAGGUGGCAAGCUACGGAUAGGGCUGGCUGAGCAAUCAGUCUUGACAGCAUUGUCGCAUGCAAUUGUCUUGACGCCUCCUGGUAAAGAUAUUCCAGAUGCUGGAAAAGGACUGUCUUCUGAUGCCCUUAAGAAAAAAUUGGAAGAAGCUGAACUGAUCAUUAAAACUACAUACAGUGAGUGUCCCAACUAUGAUGCUAUCAUCCCUGUGCUAUUGAAGGAUGGUCUUGAAGAACUGCCAAACAAAUGUAAACUCACACCAGGUAUUCCCCUUAAGCCCAUGUUGGCCCACCCCACUAAAGGUGUUAGUGAAGUUCUACACAGGUUUGAAGGCAAUGAGUUCACCUGUGAAUAUAAAUAUGAUGGGGAACGUGCCCAGAUUCACUUAUUAGAGAAUGGUCAGAUUCAUGUCUACAGUCGAAACUCUGAGGAUAAUACAUCAAAGUACCCAGAUAUUAUCAAACGUCUUCCCAGCAUCAUCAAAGAGGGGGUAACAUCAUGUGUAUUGGAUUCUGAAGCAGUUGCAUGGGAUGAAGAAAAUAAACGAAUAUUACCUUUCCAAGUUCUCAGUACCAGGAAACGUAAAGACGCAGAUGUAAAUGAGAUCAAAGUUCAGGUGUGUGUCUAUGCGUUUGAUCUCCUCUACCUGAAUGGGGAAUCUCUGGUUCGUGAACCAUUCAGAGUACGUCGUGAGAAGCUCAGGGAAUCCUUGAAGGAGGUCGAGGGAGAAUUUGUCUUUGCUACAUCUAUGGUGUCAUCCGAUACAGAGAAAAUAGCUGAAUUUUUAGAUGAAUCUAUAAAAGGAGACUGUGAAGGUCUAAUGGUGAAGUCACUUGAUGUUGAUGCCACAUAUGAGAUUGCCAAACGUUCACAUAACUGGCUCAAGUUGAAAAAAGACUACCUAGAUGGCGUUGGUGACACCCUUGACCUUGUUGUGAUUGGUGGUUACCAUGGUAGUGGGAAACGAACUGGCAAAUAUGGUGGUUUCCUGUUAGCUUGUUAUGAUGAAGAAAAUGAAGAAUAUCAAACUAUUUGCAAGAUAGGUACAGGUUUUAAGGAUGAGGAUCUUGAGCAGCAUGUAAAGUUCCUGAAGGAGCAUGUAAUAGAGAAACCAAAACCUUAUUAUCGCUGUGAUAAAUCCUUGGCCCCUGACCACUGGUUUGAUGCUGUCCAGGUGUGGGAAGUAAAGGCUGCUGAUCUCUCUAUAUCACCUGUCCACACUGCUGCAGCUGGCCUGGCUGAUCCAGAGAAAGGUAUAUCUCUGAGGUUCCCAAGAUUCUUAAGGAUCAGAGAGGACAAAAAACCUGAAGAAGCAACUAGUAACAGUCAGGUGUAUGAGAUGUACAAGAACCAGGACCAGAUCCAGAAUCAGCAGAAAAAUACUAAGAAGAAAGAUGAAGAGGAGGAUUUCUACUAA